AUGGAGACAGGAGAGAAAGUGGAGAAAGCAGCUGCGAAGGAGGCCAAGACGGACCUCAAGGAUGUGCCAUCRGCGGUUUUACAUUUCCAGCAGGCAGCGGAGAGGUUAUUUUCRGCCCCGGUGCAGGCUGCUCCAUGCCGGGGCAAGCUGGGCUUUAAGUGGGCGGUGCGCAGCGUCAUCCUGAUGACUCGCUUCUGCCGCUACUUCAUGUCCCGUUCCAACUAUCGCCAAUUCAUGGAGUUCAACUUCCGGGAGACCAUCACCAACCAGCCGGCCGGGGGAACGGGUAAAAAUCUGGUGUUUGACCUGAACCACUUCAAAGGGAAAGAGGACCGGAUCCCUGUCCUGCUGGUGGAGAUUAUGCGGAAGUGCCCAGAGGAGCGUUCUGAGUCGGAGGUGUUGCUGGUUCACAACAUGCUGAGCUCUGUGAGCAUGUUCCGUCGCUACAGUGGAACCUUGCAACUCCUUCUGGCCAGGGUGGUUCGCUAUCAGAGGUUGGAGCGCCGCAGAGUGGUCAUUAAGAAGGGCCAUUGGGGACACAGCUUCUACUUUGUGUUCUCUGGGCUACUGGCCGUCACCAAGGACAACGACGGUAGCAGUGCCUUCGUGGAUAAGGAGCCCAUCCUCAUCAAGAAGGGCAUGAGCUUCGGGGAUGUGGCCUUGAUCAAAACACUGAGGAGGAAUGCCACUGUGGUGUGUAUGGAGGAGACGGAGCUCAUGGUGGUCGACAAGGAAGACUUCUUCGCUAACAAGAUGGACGUAGAGCUCAAGAGGGAGUUUGACUAUCGCUUCAGGUUCUUCCGUAAGCAGAGGUACAUGUUUGCCAACACAUGGUUUCAAAGGCGAGCUGACCAUCCAACCAGGAAGUGUCAUAAAACACAAAGUCCUCCUCAAUAAUCCUCCACGUCCUCCCAGAGGACUUCCUGCAGACCUGCCCACCAGGGCCUGUUUCCUGAUCGACACCCUUCAACAGAGCAGCACAUUUGUACGUAGCCCUAAGGUCCAGACGUUACCCACAUCAACAUUGGAAGAAACCUGUAUGGGUCUGAACCAGUACCUGAUGCCGUCAAAGCAGAGAGACUGUCGCAGGUUCACUCUGGUCAGCCAGAGCGUGGAGAUCCUGCGGGUGGAGAAGACUCGCUUUGACAAGCUGGUGGACAACACCACCAUGAAGAAGCUGGAGGCCCUGCAGAAAACCUACCCAAGCGACGACGAGCUGUGCACUGUGUUCCUGGAACACAGCCGCUGGAAGGACUACAAACACAGUGUGUUACAGGACCUGUUCCCCCACCGGGUCGCCCCAAUCAGAAACCCCAAAACCCAGAAGCAGCAGGGCCACUGUGGCCCCAGCCAGGRCCUUCAGCAGACCAGACACGUGGUCAACAGGCUGAAACAGACAAAGCAGWGGGUAGAGCCAAAAAAAUAUUAAAUAAAGGAAUAACUGUGUAGAUGAAUGAAUACAUAGACAUGGUUUUAUCAAUYUGUUUCAAGUURGAGCGUUUGCUGCAUUUUUCCUUAUUUUCAUCCUUAUGGCRCAUGCCUACCUUGCAACUAAAAACUAUUUCACUGCAUUUAGUUAACAUCAGGCAGAAAUCAAAUUAUCUGCACACCAUAAUACCUUUUCUCAAGAAGAAAGGUUUUGAAGUAUAAUUUCUCAUGAGCGGGUCAUGAGAAAACAUACUUUAAACUCUUCUGCCCCUGCCUCUGCUCUCUGUGAGUAGAAAGCUGGAGGAACUCGGUUGUCACUAGUUAACACAGUCACGAAGUCAAAAUUGGCUAUAUUGU